AUGAGCCUUUGGAUUAAGUGGAUCUGCUUGUUUCCCAUAUUUAAAUUUGUGAUCACCGAAGAAAGGAACUUUCGAGUAAUUUUUGAUAACAUCAGCCUGAGCAAUGUUGAUCCAGAGGUCUUUGAAAGGUUUGAUUGCGAACUUUACCAGAUCGACAAUCGGAGUUAUGUGGAUACGAGUCACAUCUUUAGAGAGACGGUCACAGAUUUAAAGGUACACGCCGCUCUUGAUUUCUGGAAGGCUAAGAGUCCAAAAAUGACCAUCUAUGAUAUUGAGUUCGAUGGAUGUCAUUUUCUACAAAAUGUUCAUAAGAACCGAUUGUUCAACAUCUAUGCGAAAAACUUGAAAAAAUAUUCCAAUAUCAGCUUCAAGUGCCCGUUUCAAGCUAACGUUCUGUAUGCAGUAAAGAACAUGACCAUGAACGAAGAUGACUUUCCAUCCUUUUUACCCCUUGGAAAAUUUCGAUCUCUACUUGAGUACUCAGUGAAUCAGAAAUUGAGUGCCAGAGCUUACAUCAAUGGAAAAAUUAUCUCGUAUUCAACGCGUCCUUUUUAG